AUGUCUUUGAUCAACGGCGUGCUUACUUUGCUCCCGCCACCCGAGGGCUACGACGUUGAUUUCGAUCAUCCUCAGCGCCAACUCGGGCUGGCAUUGCAUCUAAUCUAUGGCUUCGGCUCGUUGCUCGCGGUUGGAUUUCUGAGCCAACAUCUCUAUAUUAAAUGGUGGUUGCAGCGUCGCUGGAUCGAUCCAGCCACAGUAUGCCUCGUCACUACUUGGAUAAUAAGUAUUACAUGUCAGAGUCUGGUUGUGAGCUGGUUCCAGAAUCUCAUGUUGGGAGUCCACGCCUGGGAGAUGCCCUUGAGCCGAUUCAUAUUGUUUCUCAAGUCGUUCACUAUAGUCGCUGUGGUGUUCAACGCAGUCCAUUUACUUAGCAAGCUUUCGAUCCUGUUAUCCUACCAUCGACUGGCACCGCAGCUGGAGUGGAAAUGGGCAGUUCGCACGGCCAUAUUUCUCGUCGUCGGCUACUGCACGUCGCUUUUCCUUGCACUACUCUUCGCUUGCAGUCCGAUCCAUAAAGCUUGGGAUGUAACGAUGACCGACGGCCAUUGCAACGAUCGGCAGGCCAUAUGGCUUUCGACUGCGGUUCUCGGCUUCGUAUCCGACCUUAUCUUACUUAGCCUACCAUUUCCUCUGAUAUUAAAACUUCAGUUAGGAAAAGCGCAGAAGAUUGGCAUGCUGGCGAUGUUCGCUGUUGGCUCCGCCACGUUUGUCACCUCGAUAAUCAGGCUAUACUACCUGUUGCAACCGACUUUUACAUCGCCCGACCAGACAUGGGACAUGAUGCCAACAAUUCUUUGGGCAUUGAUCGAGCUUAAUCUCCUUGUCAUGUGCCCAUCCAUGUUCACUAUGCGGAAAUUCGCUACCGCGAUUGCCCCAUCCAUCUUUGCCUCAUCGGGCACGAACUCGUCCUCGACAGUCACCCCGAAGGUAUUACGGACAUUCGGUCAAUCCAUAGCCCCUAGAAGGAAGCAUAACAAGUAUGGGGAGCUGUUCGACGAAACUGCCGGCAGAGACUUUGAUAUGGCCACUCUUGGGUGUGGUAAGCCCAUGUCGGUCAGCGCUGAUGGGAACGGGAGAGGGAAGACAUCGUCCCCAACCUCGAAUCCUUCAGCCGCGAUCAAUCAAAUGUGGGAUGCUCGUGACCGGUAUGAGGAGGAGUCGGAAGGUGGAAUGAUCCAGACGAAGACAGUGACUGUCCAGAAUUUUGGAAGUGGUCAAGAUGACAACCUCCAAUAUACUGUAUAG